UUCCUCUGAAAAGCAGUGCCAUUCCUUUUUAGAAAGACUGAAUCUAAAUGUUGUCUCUGGAGACAAGAAGCCUUCAGUAUGUGCAAUUACUUCACUACGUUUUUCAGAUGCUUAUUGAUUCCACAGUAGGAAGAGUGAGAGACUGCAGCAGCCUCUAGGCAGCACUCCACGUUCCAUACAUUAGCAGGACUGCUGAGACAAUGGCACAGUACAGACACAUAUUUUCAUUAAGGUCUUUUCUGAAGAGAUGUUUAUGACCCUCUUCCCCCAGUCCUCUGCUAACAAGUGAACAAAAUGAAUCAAUCAAAACUGGAAACGCUUCAACUACAUCAGGAAUUUAUCAAACCUUUAGCGGAGGGCCCACAGCAGCUAAUUCAGUAUUUACAAGUGGCAAUAUGAAGAAUGCAUCUGAUCAAGCACCUCCCUAGCUGUCUGAACCACAAACUGCAGGACAUUCUUCUAACAUAUGAAUUUAAGACACCAAGGAGUUAAAACCAGAAAAGACAGGUCCACAUUACUGCUGGUAUACAACACAUCGACAGUAAUCAUCCUCAGAAGAUGCUCUAUAAAACAGACCUAAAAAGAAAAACAAUUUGACUGCAAAAGCCUAAAAACAAAAUGGUGAGCAUUUUUAAAGGGGGAGUUUAUACUUUAACAUACCAGGAUUGUGGAGGUGAUUUCUGAAGAAAGAAUGAGACAUGGAUUACCAAAAAGAGAGUGCCACACAUUAGCAACAAGCUAAAUGAAGCUUUAUCAAGUAUUUUCUGCACUAAAUAUUCAGAUAUUCGUAGCAGUCGAUAUUACUAUUAAAGGAUUUUUUCAUCUAAGUUUUAUGACUAUGUAUCCUCUUCUCAUGAAAACAAAUCAAAUUAAAUAGCAGAUGGUUUUUAUCAAAAGAACAUGGACUGGAUUUAGAAUAUAAAGCAAGUUAUGUGAUCAAGAAAUCAUUUCAAAAUAAUGAGGACUGCUAUAGAAACGUUUACAUUUGUAACAAAAGGAUGUCUAAAAACAUUUUAGAAGCUAGAAACCAUAUGUUUCCUUUUUUGCUUUCACAUAUUCUGGAAAAUAAAGAGACACUAUCAUAUAUUCCCUCAAAGGGAAAUAUAAUUCCUACCAUUUGAGGAAGUUUCUCUUGGUCGUGACUUUCUAAGGCAAAACAAACACAAAUGUUUGUACUGGUCUUUAGAAAUCCAUCAGCCAACUAAAUCUCACAAUUCAUGCAGUUUGAAGUAUUGGAGAGAAAAAUGAAAGAAUUUCUACAAGACAUGAAAUAAAACACAGCUACUUCACUGUUGUCAGGUAAAAAAAAAAAUCAUGUCAAAAUCUGUCAAUGACAUCAUGUAUCAAUUUGUGAAAACCUGCCGUAGUGAGCCAAAGGGCCCAUAAGGCCACAGCAAACAGGGAAAACACCAACUGCUCCAAAAGAAUGUGUUUUUCUCCUAUUCUGGAAAUCAACAUGCAGUCUGAAUCUAACAUUACAGUGAGAGAUGACACUGAUGACAUCAACAGCAAUAUGUACCAACCACUAUCCUACCCAUUAAGCUUUCAAGUAUCUCUCACCGGAUUUCUUAUGAUAGAAAUUGUGUUGGGACUUGGCAGCAACCUCACCGUAUUGGUACUUUACUGCAUGAAAUCCAACUUAAUCAACUCUGUCAGCAACAUUAUUACAAUGAAUCUUCAUGUACUUGAUGUAAUAAUUUGUGUGGGAUGUAUUCCUCUAACUAUAGUCAUCCUUCUGCUUUCACUGGAAAGUAACACUGCUCUCAUCUGCUGUUUCCACGAGGCCUGUGUAUCUUUUGCCAGCGUCUCAACAGCAAUCAACGUUUUUGCUAUCACUCUGGACAGAUACGACAUCUCCGUAAAACCUGCAAACCGAAUUCUGACAAUGGGCAGAGCUGCAAUGCUGAUGAUAUCCAUUUGGAUUUUUUCAUUUUUCUCUUUCCUGAUUCCCUUUAUUGAGGUAAAUUUUUUCAGUCUUCGAAGUGGAAACACAUGGGAAAACAAGACACUUUUGUGUGUCAGUACAAAUGAAUACUACACUGAACUGGGAAUGUAUUAUCACCUGCUAGUACAGAUCCCAAUAUUCUUUUUCACUGUCAUAGUGAUGUUAAUCACAUACACCAAAAUCCUUCAGGCUCUUAAUAUUCGAAUAGGCACAAGAUUUUCGACAGGGCAGAAGAAGAAAGCAAGAAAGAAAAAGACAAUUUCUCUAACCACACAACAUGAGACUACAGACAUGUCACAAGGCAGUGGUGGGAGAAAUGUAGUCUUUGGUGUAAGAACUUCGGUCUCUGUAAUAAUUGCCCUCCGGCGAGCUGUGAAACGACACCGAGAACGACGAGAAAGGCAAAAAAGAGUCUUCAGGAUGUCUUUAUUGAUCAUUUCUACAUUUCUUCUCUGCUGGACACCAAUUUCUGUCUUAAAUACCACCAUUUUAUGUUUAGGCCCAAGUGACCUUUUAGUAAAAUUAAGGUUAUGUUUUCUAGUCAUGGCUUAUGGAACAACUAUAUUUCAUCCAUUAUUAUAUGCAUUCACUAGACAAAAAUUUCAAAAGGUCUUGAAAAGUAAAAUGAAAAAACGAGUUGUUUCCAUCGUGGAAGCUGAUCCUAUGCCUAACAAUGCAGUAAUACACAAUUCUUGGAUAGAUCCUAAGAGAAACAAAAAAAUUACCUUUGAAGACAGUGAAAUAAGAGAAAAAUGUUUAGUACCUCAGGUUGUCACAGACUAGGGAAACAUCUAAGUUUCACUAAGCCCACAUUCAAAAGUUUUAAACUUAAAUUGUAAAAAAAUGACAUUACUGCCAAAUAUAAGAAAAACAUUUUAAGUAUUGGUUAUGUUGUAAAUUUUCAAUGUAAAUGUCAAGAUUAGAUUAGGUCAUGUAUAUUCAAUUUCCUCAUUACAAUGUAUUUGUUGCAUGGCAGUUUGUUAAAGUAAUAUCGUGUAUAUUUUGUCAAUAUUAUGUCCAUCAGAAGAUAUUCAUGUAAGUCAUAUUUUCUAAAUAAUAAAUACAUAGCCUUAAAACAGUGUAUAACUUUAAAAUGUAACUGACACAGGUAUCUUGGCUUUUUUUUUUUUAUAAAGUGUAUUUGUUUCUAAGUCACAAACUAUAGAUAUAUUUAUAUAAUGACAACUGGAAUAGCACUUUAACCUAAGAACAAAAGUUAUGGGCUCCAAACAGUCAAAAUAAUUCAGGAUUUUCUAUAUCACUAUAUUAUGUUUUCUGGUAUGGUCUACCUAGUAUAAUAUUUGAUGAAUCAAAAAUAAUGAACUAUAUGUGAAUCUUUAACCUUUUUCUUGAAUGCUGAGAAUUGUAGGAUUUAUCAAGAUUUUAAAUUUUGACAACCAAGAAACAACCCUGUAUAUACACUCUGAGAUAGGGAAACUUUGAAAUUCAAGUUUAUUAUGAAAAAGAGAUUGAUUUUCUAAGAUCAAGGGCACUAUGCCUAUAAUAUACAAACAAAAGAACAAUAAAGGGAAGGAAGAAAACAAAAGCACCAGCCUCUUUCUUCCUUCUUCACUUCGCUGGAGCCUAAGCCAAAUGGUCUGGAUUAAUACAAUAUACUAGUAAACAAAACUAUUAAAAUCUGAAUAAAGGGGAAAAAGACUUUGACUUUGUGAAUCUUCUCUCUAAUAAUUCAACCAUUUCUAAUUGUAGAUACAUGGCAACUUCAGAGUAAUACAAUUUACACAACGUUCCUAUACUAGUUCCUAUGCUAUUGUAGAUUCCGAAUGUUUCAAAAUGUUAAUAGUUCUAUUUCCAUCCUUAAAAACAUUAAAGCGGCAAUAAACCUUGUCAAUUUUUUUACUCUACGCCA